CUGUAUAGUAAUAUUUCAGUCAUAAAUAUUUCAAUCUACACGAAAGUUAUUAAGUCACGAAUCAGCCAUACUAAUGAAAACCUUUCUUCCACUUCUUGUAGUUUCAUUUUUAUUCUUACAUUACUCGUCGUCAUACGCUAUAGAAGAAAUGCCUGAAAAAAAGUGGCAAGCAUACAAACUUGAACAUAACAAGAACUAUCAAGAAACAGAAGAUGUCGAGCGCUUUGAGAUAUUCAAGAAAACACUUGCAACAAUCGAAGAGCAUAAUGCUAAAUAUGAAAAAGGAGAAACAACUUAUAAGAUGGGUCUUAACCACAUGAGCGAUUGGAAGGAUGAAGAAAAGCAAGGAAUCCUCGGAUUAAGAAAGCCAUCACAGAAUUGAUUCAUCUAAAAUUGUUUAUUUUUUAUGGUAUUAAUUGUUUGUUUAAAGCUUAUAAAGUCAAUUUUUGUAAUAUUUAUUGACAAAUCUGACAAAAACAAACCUAUCUAUUUUUUGAAUCAGUUAAUGUGUAUAACGUGUAAGGAAGCAAUGCUGUAAUCUCCAAAUAUAUUUACUGAUGGAAUAAAGAUUUUUUUUUACAAAAUUCA